AUGUCUAGCAAUAAUUCUUCACGAGCACCAACCUUGAGUUUACAAACGACAUUCUCGUGUGAUGAAAUAUCAUGCAAGUAUUAUUCGAAGCAGGCGAGUUCCGCUUGCGGAAGUCUAGCAUGUCGAACCGAAGCUGCGAGUGAUGCGGCUUGGGGAUUGGCCUGGGAUAUGGGUGAUGCGAAUGUCUCCUCUCAAAAGACUGAUGGGACUAGAGAACCUCCUCCUACGCCUGCUCAGGGGGGGAAAUAG